CUCCUCGCUGGUCAUGUGUUCCCGGGAUGACCGAUUACUCCGGACGGUGCAUUCAAACUGUGGACAACAGUCAUCGAAAGUAGCUGCUCUGAGGACGAGGAAGUCUCCACCGUUUUACUUAAUAGGUUAACGGGGGAAACCUAUAUUAUUUACCUAUAGAAACAUACAUGAAAUAGUUGAACCUCUCCAACCAGAACAAUGAUUUCCCCGUGGGACCGCUGGUAUACCACUAGCUGCUGCCUCUGCUGCCAUGUUCGGACGGGCACCGUUAUCCUGGGGAUAUGGUAUAUGGUAGGAGAAAUCAUUUUAUUACUAUAAUAUAAGCUAUAAAAGUAGGCUACUGUGAAAUGCGCCUAUGGCCGGGCCGAUUGUGAAUCAUGUCACGGAAUGUGUUGUGUUGUCAUUCUCAACAAAGGAAAGAAUAAAUGAUACAUAUUGAAAGCCUUCUCUCGUCGUUCAGCGGUCGGCAGUGGCACGGUUCUUCAGUCUUCAUUGCAAUAUCAUUGGCCAUUUGUCAUGUCCUUCACAAAGCCACAGUGUAUUGGGUUACGGUUGUCAUGUAUCAAUUUACUUUCACCAAGUAGCCGCUAGAAUGUUCCAGUCCAGAUCUGAUACAUUUUAUCAACCGAUAUCAUUUUGGAUUUAUUGAGCAGCGUCCAUGACGUCGACAUUUUAUUUGUAAUUUCUCCAACAUGUCAAUAAUCGUUUGAGCUAUUGUCGGAGUUGACUUCUGUUUUUAGAAAGAGGAUUGUUCAUACGUCUUAAAAUAGCUCUGGUGGAGAUCAACAUUAAAGCAGUCUCCGUGCACAGUUUGCUAUGUUGUUGAUGUAACGUUGUACUCUGGACGAAAAAAGUAUCCAAACAAAUCCACUGACACAGAUCCGAUAAAGACAUGGAGACAUCUUCUAGAUGAUCUUUAAUUCACUGUACUGUUCCUUUGCCACCACAACGUACUGCAGUCCCACUGGGUAAAUGAUGGCUGAACGAACGUUGUUUCCAUGUCAUUUCAACAACAACAACAAAUCAAUGUGAUGACGUUAAUCAACGUGGAAAACUGAUUGGAUUUACAAAAAGUCAUCAACAUAAAGACAUUUCGUCUUUUUUUCCACCUAACUUUUACCUAAAAUCCAAUAACAUGGUGCAAUUUUUUGUUGAUUUCAAGUUAGUUUACAACUCAAACACAUUUUUAUAAAAACUAGAUGUUGAGCUGACCUCUGUGCCCGGUGGGGUGAUGUUGAGCUGACCUCUGUGCCCGGUGGGGUGAUGUUGAGCUGACCUCUGUGCCCGGUGGGGUGAUGUUGAGCUGACCUCUGUGCCCGGUGGGGUGAUGUUGAGCUGACCUCUGCCCGGUGGGGUGAUGUUGAGCUGACCUCUGUGCCCGGUGGGGUGAUGUUGAGUUGACCUCUGUGCCCGGUGGGGUGAUGUUGAGCUGACCUCUGUGCCCGGUGGGGUGAUGUUGAGCUGACCUCUGCCCGGUGGGGUGAUGUUGAGCUGACCUCUGCCCGGUGGGGUGAUGUUGAGCUGACCUCUGUGCCCGGUGGGGUGAUGUUGAGCUGACCUCUGCCCGGUGGGGUGAUGUUGAGCUGACCUCUGUGCCCGGUGGGGUGAUGUUGAGCUGACCUCUGUGCCCGGUGGGGUGAUGUUGAGCUGACCUCUGCCCGGUGGGGUGAUGUUGAGCUGACCUCUGUGCCCGGUGGGGUGAUUGUUGAGCUGACCUCUGUGCCCGGUGGGGUGAUGUUGAGCUGACCUCUGUGCCCGGUGGGGUGAUGUUGAACUGACCUCUGUGCCCGGUGGGGUGAUGUUGAGCUGACCUCUGUGCCCGGUGGGGUGAUGUUGAGCUGACCUCUGUGCCCGGUGGGGUGAUGUUGAGCUGACCUCUGUGCCCGGUGGGGUGAUGUUGAACUGACCUCUGCCCGGUGGGGUGAUGUUGAGCUGACCUCUGCCCGGUGGGGUGAUGUUGAGCUGACCUCUGCCCGGUGGGGUGAUGUUGAGCUGACCUCUGUGCCCGGUGGGGGUGAUGUUGAGCUGACCUCUGUGCCCGGUGGGGUGAUGUUGAACUGACCUCUGCCCGGUGGGGUGAUGUUGAGCUGACCUCUGCCCGGUGGGGUGAUGUUGAGCUGACCUCUGCCCGGUGGGGUGAUGUUGAGCUGGACCUCUGCCCGGUGGGGUGAUGUUGAGCUGACCUCUGCCCGGUGGGGUGAUGUUGAGCUGACCUCUGCCCGGUGGGGUGAUGUUGAGUUGACCUCUGCCCCGGGUGGGGUGAUGUUGAGCUGACCUCUGCCCGGUGGGGUGAUGUUGAGCUGACCUCUGCCCGGUGGGGUGAUGUUGAGCUGACCUCUGCCGGUGGGGUGAUGUUGAGCUGACCUCUGCCCGGUGGGGUGAUGUUGAGCUGACCUCUGCCCGGUGGGGUGAUGUUGAGCUGACCUCUGUGCCCGGUGGGGUGAUGUUGAGCUGACCUCUGUGCCCGGUGGGGGUGAUGUUGAGCUGACCUCUGUGCCCGGUGGGGUGAUGUUGAACUGACCUCUGUGCCCGGUGGGGUGAUGUUGAGCUGACCUCUGUGCCCGGUGGGGUGAUGUUGAGCUGACCUCUGUGCCCGGUGGGGUGAUGUUGAACUGACCUCUGCCCGGUGGGGUGAUGUUGAGCUGACCUCUGCCCGGUGGGGUGAUGUUGAGCUGACCUCUGCCCGGUGGGGUGAUGUUGAGCUGACCUCUGUGCCCGGUGGGGUGAUGUUGAGCUGACCUCUGUGCCCGGUGGGGUGAUGUUGAGCUGACCUCUGUGCCCGGUGGGGUGAUGUUGAACUGACCUCUGCCCGGUGGGGUGAUGUUGAGCUGACCUCUGCCCGGUGGGGUGAUGUUGAGCUGACCUCUGCCCGGUGGGGUGAUGUUGAGCUGACCUCUGUGCCCGGUGGGGUGAUGUUGAGCUGACCUCUGUGCCCGGUGGGGUGAUGUUGAACUGACCUCUGCCCGGUGGGGUGAUGUUGAGCUGACCUCUGCCCGGUGGGGUGAUGUUGAGCUGACCUCUGCCCGGUGGGGUGAUGUUGAGCUGACCUCUGCCCGGUGGGGUGAUGUUGAGCUGACCUCUGCCCGGUGGGGUGAUGUUGAGUUGACCUCUGCCCGGUGGGGUGAUGUUGAGCUGACCUCUGCCCGGUGGGGUGAUGUUGAGCUGACCUCUGCCCGGUGGGGUGAUGUUGAGCUGACCUCUGCCCGGUGGGGUGAUGUUGAGCUGACCUCUGCCCGGUGGGGUGAUGUUGAGCUGACCUCUGCCCGGUGGGGUGAUGUUGAGCUGACCUCUGCCCGGUGGGGUGAUGUUGAGCUGACCUCUGCCCGGUGGGGGUGAUGUUGAGCUGACCUCUGCCCGGUGGGGUGAUGUUGAGCUGACCUCUGCCCGGUGGGGUGAUGUUGAGCUGACCUCUGUGCCCGGUGGGGUGAUGUUGAGCUGACCUCUGUGCCCGGUGGGGUGAUGUUGAGCUGACCUCUGCCCAGUGGGGUGAUGUUGAGCUGACCUCUGCCCGGUGGGGUGAUGUUGAGCUGACCUCUGCCCGGUGGGGUGAUGUUGAGCUGACCUCUGCCCGGUGGGGUGAUGUUGAGCUGACCUCUGCCCGGUGGGGUGAUGUUGAGCUGACCUCUGCCCGGUGGGGUGAUGUUGAGCUGACCUCUGCCCGGUGGGGUGAUGUUGAGCUGACCUCUGCCCGGUGGGGUGAUGUUGAGCUGACCUCUGCCCGGUGGGGUGAGCCUACUGGAGCUGUUCAGCAGUGUCAGUCUACAGAGCUGCCAGCUCUCAUUGGCCUUGAGACACACAUUUUACCCUCUUCUCAAGCUCUCAGGGCACACAUUUUACCCUCUUCUCAAGCUCUCAGGGCACACAUUUUAUAUCUCACAAGGGGCGCAACUUUCACUGGGGACGGGGACAUGCCCCCCCCCCCCCCACACACAUUCUGAAAUUGCAUCCCUCCCCGUUUUAUCAUUGGAAUGUAAUACAAAACGAGGCAACGGUGUGCUUUAGGACCAUGCGGAAGCCUCCGAGCAGUCGGGCUGUUUGGAGUGUUUAUCCGGCUGGAGAAAAAUAUAAAUAAUUAUUAUCCCCCCCCCCCCCCCACUUCUAAUACCAAAGUUGCGCCCCUGUAUCUCACGCAUUGAAAAGUACUGCUUUUAUUUUUCUAAUUAGUCCGUUAGUCAGCUCGUUAACUUUUCAACUACGCUCCAAAUCGUUUUGAAAUUGGACCAUCUGCGCCUGCAAUUUAACGUCACAAUCUGAACCUAUAUUAUUGUCCUGUCUUGCCCCAGCACUGGGAACAGUGGCACGUUGAAGCAUAUGAUAGGUCUAGUUAUGUAAGGGAUCAAGGGGAUUGGAUGCAUGUUUUAAAGAACCGCUCCUCAAGAUUAGAGUGGUGCUGAAUGGAGAGACAACGGGGUGUUUCUCAAAAUGCAUACUACCGUGCUCCGAGCAAGGGAGGGUCGGAGUAUGAGUCCAAAUCAAAGUGUGCGAAACGUAGCACGGAGGGCACUUCUCGAAUGCGUACUCCGUUUGUACUUAUGUUGACUCAUGCAUUGAUACAAGCUUCAACGGAAAGUAUAGGUCAUAAGCCCAUAGUAAGUCAAUAUAGCUAACUGGCUAGCUACUAUUGUUAGCUAGCCAGAUGGCCACGAAUAAUUGUUAGGGAGCUACCCAUUAAGAAUUGACAUCUACCUUGGACAACAUUGGUUUUAGGUCAUUUUAGCCUGUUAUACUAUCUGUUUAGCUACAUUUAUUACGAUUCACAUAUAGCUAGCUGGUAGUUAUGAAGUAAAACAUUUGCUUUGUGUAUAUCUUGUUUCGUCUCUAUUGCCAUUGUCCUGGCUAGAAGAAGGAAGGUUCAGUGAAUGGGUAAAUCCAUAGAUAAUAAUAAUAUGCCAUUUAUCCAAAGCGACUUACAGUCAUGCGUGCAUACAUUUUUUUUUGUGUAUGGGUGGUCCCGGGGAUCAAACCCACUACCUUAGCGUUACAAGCGCCGUGCUCUACCAGCUGAGCUAUAGAGGACCACAGCCAAUCAGGUUGGCCGUUUGUGUAUCUGAUUCUUGAGAUCUGAGUUUUAAUGAACCUGAUCCUGUCCAUUGAAGCAAAACACUUUUGAUGUGAAGGUGGAUGCUGUAUAUAACAACUAUCAUUUUAUUUCAACUAUUUUACGAACUUUGCUUGUACAAAGAUUUCUGAUUGAGGCCUUUUUCUCCUCGGGCCGCUCGUGAACUGUGGCCUACACCUUUUUGGAGUGGAGCGCGCCGAGUCAGGAGCGUCUGUCUGCGCGCAAGGCCUGCUACGUGAGCACAGGUGUGCACUGAAGGCUAGGAGCGGAGAAGCGGUUGCUGGAUUUAUGGUCUCAAACUGGUCUUGAAUGUACAAAAAACAAAAUGCAUGACCUUUACCAGAGCUAGCAUUGUCACAUCUGGUGGCUUAUCCACUGAAAAAGUGUCAUCCUACACAUACCCAGGUAUAUAGUUGGAUGACAAGUUGUCCUUUAAAGUUCAUAUGGAUAAUCUUGUGAGGAAGCUUAAAUUAAAAUUGUGUUUUUGUUUUUGUAAUAAGGCCUGCUUCCCGCUUAUGGCUAUUAAGAAGCUUGAUCAGGCUUUUCUCUCUGUAAUUGAUUAUGGUGAUGUCACAUUGUAUAAUAAUAUAUAAUAUGCCAUUUAGCAGACGCUUUUAUCCAAAGCGACUUACAGUCAUGCGUGCAUACAUUUUUUUUUUUUGUGUAUGGGUGGUCCCGGGGAUCGAACCCACUACCUUGGCGUUACAAGCGCCGUGCUCUACCAGCUGAACUACAGAGGACCACAGAUUAGAAGACAGGAACAGGAAUACGUAUUAGGGGUUUGAUUUACUCCACCCAACACAAACACAUGUGCGUAUAUAUACAAAAGGGAUGUAACCCAAACAAAGAGCGAGGUGUAACCUCUACACAAUACACGGGACGAGACCCGUAACCAACCAGAGCACAAUACACGGGACCAACAGACAUGGGAAAAUAAUCGACAAGGACAAUGGGGAACAGAGGGCACAUAUAUACAGUGGGGAGAACAAGUAUUUGAUACACUGCCGAUUUAGCAAGUAUUCCUACUUACAAAGCAUGUAGAGGUCUGUAAUUUUUAUCAUAGGUACACUUCAACUGUGAGAGACUGAAUCUAAAACAAAAAUCCAGAAAAUCACAUUGUAUGAUUUUUAAGUAAUUAAUUUGCCUUUUAUUGCAUGACAUAAGUAUUCGAUCACCUACCAACCAGUAAGAAUUCCGGCUCUCACAGACCUGUUAGUUUUUCUUUAAGAAGCCCUCCUGAUCUCCACUCAUUACCUGUAUUAACUGCACCUGUUUGAACUCGUUACCUGUAUAAAAGACACCUGUCCAUACACUCAAUCAAACAGACUCCAACCUCUCCACAAUGGCCAAGACCAGAGAGCUGUGUAAGGACAUCAGGGAUAAAAUUGUAGACCUGCACAAGGCUGGGAUGGGCUACAGGACAAUAGGCAAGCAGCUUGGUGAGAAGGCAACAACUGUUGGCGCAAUUAUUAGAAAAUGGAAGAAGUUCAAGAUGACGGUCAAUCACCCUCGGUUUGCCAAUCACCAUCUGGAUGAUCCAGAGGAGGAAUGGGAGAAGGUCAUGUGGUCUGAUGAAACCAAAAUAUAACUUUUUGGUAAAAACUCAACCCGUCGUGUUUGGAGGACAAAGAAUGCUGAGUUGCAUCCAAAGAACACCAUACCUACUGUGAAGCAUGGGGGUGGAAACAUCAUGCUUUGGGGCUGUUUUUCUGCAAAGGGACCAGGACGACUGAUCCGUGUAAAGGAAAGAAUGAAUGGGGCCAUGUAUCGUGAGAUUUUGAGUGAAAACCUCCUUCCAUCAGCAAGGGCAUUGAAGAUGAAACGUGGCUGGGUCUUUCAGCAUGACAAUGAUACCAAACACACCGCCCGGGCAACGAAGGAGUGGCUUCGUAAGAAGCAUUUCAAGGUCCUGGAGUGGCCUAGCCAGUCUCCAGAUCUCAACCCCAUAGAAAAUCUUUGGAGGGAGUUGAAAGUCUGUGUUGCCCAGCGACAGCCCCAAAACAUCACUGCUCUAGAGGAGAUCUGCAUGGAGGAAUGGGCCAAAAUACCAGCAACAGUGUGUGAAAACCUUGUGAAGACUUACAGAAAAUGUUUGACCUGUGUCAUUGCCAACAAAGGGUAUAUAACAAAGUAUUGAGAAACUUUUGUUAUUGACCAAAUACUUAUUUUCCACCAUAAUUUGCAAAUAAUUUCAUAAAAAAUCCUACAAUGUGAUUUUCUGGAUUUUUUUUCUCAUUUUGUCUGUCAUAGUUGACGUGUACCUAUGAUGAAAAUGACAGGCCUCUCUCAUCUUGUUAAGUGGGAGAACUUGCACAAUUGAUGGCUGACUAAAUACUUUUUUUCCCCACUGUAACUGGUGAACUGUUAAUCUACUAAAGGUAAUCAUUCUCAGGCUUCCAUUCGGUAAAGUAUUGGGUCCUAAAAUAGUAAUCCAGCUAUUCUAAAUGAUGUUCCUCUCCUCCAGCUCAUCAAUGCAGUGGUUCUCCUCAUCCUACUAUCGGCCCUGAACAACCCGAUCCAGUACGGCUACCUCCUUACCAACGCUGAGCUGGGAUCAGACUUGGAUGUCAUGGAUGAUGCUAGUAAGUCUUAUUAUUACUGGGAUGAUGUCAUGGAUGAUGCUAGUAAGUCUUAUUAUUACUGGGAUGAUGUCAUGGAUGAUGUUAGUAAGUCUUAUUAUUACUGGGAUGAUGUCAUGGAUGAUGUUAGUAAGUCUUAUUAUUACUGGGAUGAUGUCAUGGAUGAUGUUAGUAAGUCUUAUUAUUACUGGGAUGAUGUCAUGGAUGAUGCUAGUAAGUCUUAUUAUUACUGGGAUGAUGUCAUGGAUGAUGUUAGUGAGUCUUAUUAUUACUGGGAUGAUGUCAUGGAUGAUGCUAGUAAGUCUUAUUAUUACUGGGAUGAUGUCAUGGAUGAUGUUAGUAAGUCUUAUUAUUACUGGGAUGAUGUCAUGGAUGAUGUUAGUAAGUCUUAUUAUUACUGGGAUGAUGUCAUGGAUGAUGUUAGUAAGUCUUAUUAUUACUGGGAUGAUGUCAUGGAUGAUGCUAGUAAGUCUUAUUAUUACUGGGAUGAUGUCAUGGAUGAUGUUAGUGAGUCUUAUUAUUACUGGGAUGAUGUCAUGGAUGAUGCUAGUAAGUCUUAUUAUUACUAGGAUGAUGUCAUGGAUGAUGUUAGUGAGUCUUAUUAUUACUGGGAUGAUGUCAUGGAUGUUGUUAGUAAGUCUUAUUAUUACUGGGAUGAUGUCAUGGAUGAUGUUAGUAAGUCUUAUUAUUACUGGGAUGAUGUUAGUAAGUCUUAUUAUUACUGGGAUGAUGUCAUGGAUGAUGUUAGUAAGUCUUAUUAUUACUGGGAUGAUGUCAUGGAUGAUGUUAGUGUGUCUUAUUAUUACUGGGGUGAUGUCAUGGAUGAUGUUAGUAAGUCUUAUUAUUACUGGGAUGAUGUCAUGGAUGAUGUUAGUAAGUCUUAUUAUUACUGGGAUGAUGUCAUGGAUGAUGUUAGUAAGUCUUAUUAUUACUGGGAUGAUGUCAUGGAUGAUGCUAGUAAGUCUUAUUAUUACUGGGAUGAUGUCAUGGAUGAUGUUAGUAAGUCUUAUUAUUACUGGGAUGAUGUCAUGGAUGAUGUUAGUAAGUCUUAUUAUUACUGGGAUGAUGUUAGUAAGUCUUAUUAUUACUGGGAUGAUGUCAUGGAUGAUGUUAGUAAGUCUUAUUAUUACUGGGAUGUUGUCAUGGAUGAUGUUAGUAAGUCUUGCUAUUACUGGGAUGAUGUCAUGGAUGAUGUUAGUAAGUCUUAUUAUUACUGGGAUGAUGUCAUGGAUGUUGUUAGUAAGUCUUAUUAUUACUGGGAUGAUGUCAUGGAUGAUGUUAGUAAGUCUUGCUAUUACUGGGAUGAUGUCAUGGAUGAUGUUAGUAAGUCUUAUUAUUACUGGGAUGAUGUCAUGGAUGAUGUUAGUAAGUCUUAUUAUUACUGGGAUGAUGUCAUGGAUGAUGUUAGUAAGUCUUAUUAUUACUGGGAUGAUGUCAUGGAUGAUGUUAGUAAGUCUUGCUAUUACUGGGAUGAUGUCAUGGAUGAUGUUAGUAAGUCUUACUAUUACUGGGAUGAUGUCAUGGAUGAUGUUAGUAAGUCUUAUUAUUACUGGGAUGAUGUCAUGGAUGAUGUUAGUAAGUCUUAUUAUUACUGGGAUGAUGUCAUGGAUGAUGUUAGUAAGUCUUGCUAUUACUGGGAUGAUGUCAUGGAUGAUGUUAGUAAGUCUUAUUAUUACUGGGAUGAUGUCAUGGAUGAUGUUAGUAAGUCUUAUUAUUACUGGGAUGAUGUCAUGGAUGAUGUUAGUAAGUCUUAUUAUUACUGGGAUGAUGUCAUGGAUGAUGUUAGUGUGUCUUAUUAUUACUGGGAUGAUGUCAUGGAUGAUGUUAGUAAGUCUUAUUAUUACUGGGAUGAUGUCAUGGAUGAUGUUAGUAAGUCUUAUUAUUACUGGGAUGAUGUCAUGGAUGAUGUUAGUAAGUCUUAUUAUUUCUGGGAUGAUGUCAUGGAUGACGUUAGUAAGUGCAGGACAUUGUUUGUGAGGCAUGAUGUCUUGUUAUGAGAACCAACUAGAAGCACAGACAGAGAUUGUUUGGUCCUACAUGUUAUGACACACUAAUAACUGAUGAUAGCAACAGAGGUGUUUUGGUCCUACAUGUCUUUAAAAUACAAUUGUCUGAUAUGGUCAUUUCUUAUCAAGAUCAAGGGGUAACAAAUCCCUGGACAGUCCAUAUUUGAAAUGUGUAACUAAAUCAAGUAAAUCAUUAUAUAUUAUUUAACUAGGCAAGUCAGUUAAUAAACAAAUUCUUAUUUACAAUGACGGCCUACUUGUAAAGCCCCCCUGGCCAAACCCUCCCCUAACCCGGACGACACUGGGCCAAACCCUCCCCUCCCCUAACGACGCUGGGCCAAACCCUCCCCUAACCCGGACGACGCUGGGCCAAACCCUCCCCUAACCCGGACGACGCUGGGCCAAACCCUCCCCUAACCCGGACGACGCUGGGCGAAACCCUCCCCUAACCCGGACGACGCUGGGCCAAACCCUCCCCUAACCCGGACGACGCUGGGCCCAACCCUCCCCUAACCUGGACGACGCUGGGCCAAACUCUCCCCUAACCCGGACGACGCUGGGCCAAACCCUCCCCUCCCCUAACGACGCUGGGCCAAACCCUCCCCUAACCCGGACGACGCUGGGCCCAACCCUCCCCUAACCUGGACGACGCUGGGCCAAACCCUCCCCUAACCCGGACGACACUGGGCCAAACCCUCCCCUCCCCUAACGACGCUGGGCCAAACCCUCCCCUAACCCGGACGACGCUGGGCCCAACCCUCCCCUAACCUGGACGACGCUGGGCCAAACCCUCCCCUCCCCUAACGACGCUGGGCCAAACCCUCCCCUCCCCUAACGACGCUGGGCCAAACCCUCCCCUCCCCUAACGACGCUGGGCCAAACCCUCCCCUAACCCGGACGACACUGGGCCAAACCCUCCCCUAACCCGGACGACACUGGGCCAAACCCUCCCCUAACCCGGACGACACUGGGCCAAACCCUCCCCUAACCCGGACGACGCUGGGCCAAACCCUCCCCUAACCCGGACGACGCUGGGCCAAACCCUCCCCUAACCCGGACGACGCUGGGCCAAACCCUCCCCUAACCCGGACGACGCUGGGGCCAACUCUCCCCUAACCCGGACGACGCUGGGCCAAACCCUCCCCUCCCCUAACGACGCUGGGCCAAACCCUCCCCUAACCCGGACGACGCUGGGCCAAACCCUCCCCUAACCCGGACGUCGCUGGGCCAAACCCUCCCCUCCCCUAACGACGCUGGGCCAAACUCUCCCCUAACCCGGACGACGCUGGGCCAAACCCUCCCCUCCCCUAACGACGCUGGGCCAAACCCUCCCCUAACCCGGACGACGCUGGGCCCAACCCUCCCCUAACCUGGACGACGCUGGGCCAAACCCUCCCCUAACCCGGACGACACUGGGCCAAACCCUCCCCUCCCCUAACGACGCUGGGCCAAACCCUCCCCUAACCCGGACGACGCUGGGCCCAACCCUCCCCUAACCUGGACGACGCUGGGCCAAACCCUCCCCUCCCCUAACGACGCUGGGCCAAACCCUCCCCUCCCCUAACGACGCUGGGCCAAACCCUCCCCUCCCCUAACGACGCUGGGCCAAACCCUCCCCUAACCCGGACGACACUGGGCCAAACCCUCCCCUAACCCGGACGACACUGGGCCAAACCCUCCCCUAACCCGGACGACGCUGGGCCAAACCCUCCCCUAACCCGGACGACGCUGGGCCAAACCCUCCCCUAACCCGGACGACGCUGGGCCAAACCCUCCCCUAACCCGGACGACGCUGGGCCAAACCCUCCCCUAACCCGGACGACGCUGGGGCCAACUCUCCCCUAACCCGGACGACGCUGGGCCAAACCCUCCCCUCCCCUAACGACGCUGGGCCAAACCCUCCCCUAACCCGGACGAUGCUGGGCCAAACCCUCCCCUAACCCGGACGACGCUGGGCCAAACCCUCCCCUCCCCUAACGACGCUGGGCCAAAACCCUCCCCUAACCCGGACGACACUGGGCCAAACCCUCCCCUCCCCUAACGACGCUGGGCCAAACCCUCCCCUAACCCGGACGACGCUGGGCCAAACCCUCCCCUAACGACGCUGGGCCAAACCCUCCCCUAACCCGGACGACGCUGGGCCAAACCCUCCCCUAACGACGCUGGGCCCAACCCUCCCCUAACCCGGACAACGCUGGGCCAAACCCUCCCCUAACCCGGACGACGCUGGGCCAAACCCUCCCCUAACCCGGACAACGCUGGGCCAAACCCUCCCCUAACCCGGACGACGCUGGGCCAAACCCUCCCCUAACCCGGACGACGCUGGGCCAAACCCUCCCCUAACCCGGACGACGCUGGGCCAAACCCUCCCCUAACCCGGAUGACGCUGCGCCGCCCUAUGGGACUCCCGAUAAUUUCCAGUUGUGAUACAGCCCGGGAUCGAACCCGGGUCUGUAGUGACACCUCUAGCACUGCGAUGCAGUGCCUUAGACCGCUGCGCCACUCGGCAUAUAUUAUAUUAUUUUGCCAUUUUAGUGAAACGUUUGAAUUAAAUAUAGGCCUACUACUUAUCAUACUCAAAUAUAAAAAAAACAACAUUAAUCAGCCUUGAGGUUUCCGAUGCUCCUGAUAGGUUGAUAUUUAAUUGGGGCGGGAGUAGAGAAUUUAGAUCAGCUGUCUGUCAUAAUCUCUUGACAAUGAGAGAUCAACUGAUCUGCUGGUUUAUCCUCAAGUUUUUUUGUUGCAAUCAAGCUUAGAUGAACCCACAGGUGCAUGUAAUCUCCCGUUAGUAGCGUUUUAAGAAAUCCAGCGGUAAAUUCUGCUUGUUCGUUUCAAUCGAGCCAUGGACUUUUAUUACUGAAUCUCUUUCUGUAUAAUAGAACAAGUCGCGACUAUGUUCAUGUUUAGCUUUUCUUUCAACAGAUAUGUGUAUCGCCACGGCAAUCUCCCUGCUCAUGAUUCUGAUAUGUGGCAUGGCAACCUAUGGCGCUUACAAGGUAAUCACACAAAUAACUACUGAACAAUACAUCAUUGUUGUAGGCAUAGAUAUACAUAUAUAACUGUUAAUCUCUGUGGUUGUAGGCUAUAGUACCGUUUUACCAGUCAACAGUAGAAUACCAUACAGACUACCCCCCCCAAAAAACAGAAUACUGUUUUCAAGUGAAGUGAAAUUCUCACUAAAUCUCCUAUACUUUUUAAAUGAAAACGUAUUUUCUCCUUACAGCAACAUGCAGCGUGGCUCAUCCCAUUCUUCUGCUACCAAAUCUUUGACUUUGUCCUUAACACCCUGGUGGCCAUCAGUGUUGUGGUGUACCCCAACAGUAUCCAGGACUACUUACACCAGCUGGUAAUAUAUAAAUAUAUUAUAACUCAUAUACAGUCUUAUAUAACCCCAACACCAUCCAGAGGAAGGAGCUCAUAAAGCCCAUCAAUAUCAUACAGCAGAAUGUUUUGUCUUUCAUGUCUGUCCUUCCUCCAUAUUCUUGUAUUUGCUUUAUGUAGUAAAAUGUAAUCUCUUUGAUUACAUUCCUUCAGACAUUUUUAUUUUGUAACUUUUUAUUUUUCAUUUCCAAAAAUUCGACAUAAAACCGAUGGAAAUAUACUGUAUAUUAUGUCUAGCUACAAAAACAUUCCUUCUUCCAUUUUGGAUCACGUAGGUCUCUGGAGUUGUUCAUCUUGUAUCUUCUCUCUCAGCCAGGGACGUUACCGUACAAAGAGGACAUCAUGUCCACCAACAACUUGUGCCUGGCCUUCUUAGUGCUGCUCUUCGUGGGCUGCAUCCUCUCCUUUAAGGUAAGAAUCUAUAUUAUAUAUAGUAUAGACUUUGUGUCUAUCUCAGCUCAACCGACCAGGAUCCCUAUAUAGUCCUGCUACAUAGGACCCUUGUCACUUUGCUCUUGAACUUGGAUUGUGUUCAGGUCAGUUGCUCCAGAAAAUAAAAUUUAUUUUAUAAACCCCUUUUUAUAUCAGCAGAUGUCAUAAAGUGCCAUACAGAAACCCAGCCUAAAACCCCAAACAGCAGCAAUGCAGAUGUAGAAGCACGGUGGCUAGGAAAAACUCCCUAGAAAGGCAGGAAACCUAGGAAGAAACCUAGAGAGGAACCAGGCUCUGAGGGGUGGCCAGUCCUCUUCUGGCUGGAGAUUAUCAACAAUUAUUUAUUCAUUUCUUUAGGAUGUUGAAAGUAAAAGAUUUUUAAAAAACGACACUGUGCAAUUUAGCCAAACAGGUUAGAAUAAUUGUUAAUCUAUUUCAAUGGGCAUAGUUAGCAGCUGGUCUUCGUAGGGAGGGAGUGACACGAUCAAGUGACAGAAUCACGAGCGAAGCACAAUGUUGCCUCCAACUCUCGUUUUCUUGCCUGACAGACUAACUACAGAGUUCGCCAAUGAUUACAUUGGCAGUCGGUGCCGUUUAAGAUGUGGGAGGACGAUUAUUUUGUGUAUGAGCCUUAUUUCUAUUACAGCAUAUUGGAUGACUGUCAUCCAUAUUCCAUUCACCCAGCUCAAUGUAGCAUCGAUAGCUUUAGGCUACUUACCACAUGAUACCCUCAUUUUUCCCUAGGAGAAACUACAGUCAGAUGGGGAGAAACUAAAAUCAGAUGGGGAGAAACUACAAUCAGAUUGGGGAGAAACUACAGUCAGAUGGGGAGAAACUACAGUCAGAUGGGGAGAAACUAAAAUCAGAUGGGGAGAAACUACAAUCAGAUUGGGGAGAAACUACAAUCAGAUGGGGAGAAACUACAAUCAGAUUGGGGAGAAACUACAGUCAGAUGGGGAGAAACUACAGUCAGAUGGGGAGAAACUAAAAUCAGAUGGGGAGAAACUACAAUCAGAUGGGGAGAAACUGCAGUCAGAUGGGGAGAAACUACAGUCAGAUGGGGAGAAACUACAAUCAGAUGGGGAGAAACUACAAUCAGAUGGGGAGAAACUACAAUCAGAUGGGGAGAAACUACAAUCAGAUGGGGAGAAACUACAAUCAGAUGGGGAGAAAGAUUUGUUUAACACUUUUUUGGUUACUACAUGAUUCCAUAUGUGUUAUUUCAUAGUUUUGAUGUCUUCACUAUUAUUCUACAAUGUAGAAAAUAGUACAAAUAAAGAAAACCCCUUGAAUGAGUAGGUGUGUCCAAACGUUUGACCAGUAGUGUAGAUAGGGAGGGACUACAGUCAUCUGUAAUGGAGAAACUGCCGUCGGGUGGGGAGUCCCACUGCCGUCGGGUGGGGAGAAACUGCCGUCGGGUGGGGAGAAACUGCCGCCAUCUUUACAAUCAAAUCAAGUCCUAUCUGUCAUGGCUGGGGUUCCCAGAGACAUUUUUUUUCUUCAAAAUGGCAGUGGAGAGAAAGAACGAUUAUAGUGGAAGGAUAAACCCAACCCAACUCGCUGCCGGGGAGAGAGAGAGAUCAGCCACCUAUCCUCUCCUAGCAGGCUGGACCAAUCAGAUCCCUUCUGAAUGACCUGCCACAACAUUAUAGCCCGUCUCUGUUAGUGGAAGGACAGAUAGGAGUCUGAUCUCAUUAGUCUCUUCCAUUGAGCAGCUGUUGUAACUUUCAUACAGUGCCGUGAAAAAGUAUUUGCCCCCUUUCUAAUUUUCUCUACUUUUGCAUAUUUGCUGAAUGUUAUCAGAUCUUCAACCAAAACCUAAUAUUAGAUAAAGGGAACAUAAGUGAACAAAUAACACAACAAUUACAUAUUUAUUUCAUAAACAAAGUUAUGCAACAUCCAAUUCCCCUGUGUGAAAAAGUAAUUGCCCCCUUACACUCAAUAACUGGUUGUGCCACCUUUAGCUGCAAUGACUCCAACCAAAUGCUUCCUGUAGUUGUUGAUCAGUCUCUCACGUCGCUGUGGAGGAAUUUUGGCCCACUCUUCCAUGCAGAACUGCUUUAACUCAGUGACGUGUGGGUUUUCAAGCAUGAACUGCUCGUUUCAAGUCCUGCCACAACAUCUCAAUUGGCAUUAGGUCUGGACUUUGACUAGGCCAUUCAAAAACUUCCAAUUUGUUGCUUUUUAGCCAUUUUCAUGUAGACUUGACUGUGUGUUUUGGAUCAUUGUCUUGCUGCAUGACACAGCUGCGCUUCAGCUUCAGCUCACAGACGGAUGGUCUGACGUUCUCCUGUAGAAUUCUCUGAUACAGAGCAGAAUUCAUGGUUCCUUCUAUUAAGGCAAGUCGUCCAGGUCCUGAGGCAGCAAAGCAUCCCCAAACCAUCACACCACCACCACCAUGCUUGACCUUUGGUAUGAUGUUCUUACUGUGGAAUUCAGUGUUUGGUUUUCGGUCCAUCCGUCUGUGAGCUGAAGCUGAAGCGCAGCUGGGUCAUGCAGCAAGACAAUGAUCCAAAACACACAAUCAAUACAUGAAAAUAGCUAAAAAGCAACAAAUGUGAUGUUUUGGAAUGACCUAGUCAAAGUCCAGACCUAAUGCCAAUUGAGAUGUUGUAGCAGGACUUGAAACGAGCAGUUCAUGCUUGAAAAACCCACACGUCACUGAGUUAAAGCAGUUCUGCAUGGAAGAGUGGGCCAAAAUUCCUCCACAGCGACGUGAGAGACUGAUCAACAACUACAGGAAGCAUUUGGUUGGAGUCAUUGCAGCUAAAGGUGGCACAACCAGUUAUUGAGUGUAAGGGGGCAAUUACUUUUUCACACAGGGGAAUUGGGUGUUGCAUAACUUUGUUUAUGAAAUAAAUAUGUAAUCGUUGUGUUAUUUGUUCACUUAUGUUCCCUUUAUCUAAUAUUAGGUUUUAGUUGAAGAUCUGAUAACAUUCAGUAUCACAAAUAUGCAAAAGUAGAGAAAAUUAGAAAGGGAGCAAAUACUUUUGCACAGCACUGUACGUGACUUAAAAGUGGUCCCAGAUCUGUUUGUGCAUGACGAUGACCAUAGGAGUUGGCAAGACGGCAACAAACAGACGUGAAACAGCACAGACAGGAAUGUGUAGAGGACUACGUAACUAAGCAGGAUUAUUAUAAAUGUUCUGUGAAGAUCCAUAACUGUUGUUCUUCCUCUCUGCAGGCCUACCUCAUUGGCUGCGUGUGGAACUGCUACAGAUACUUGACUAUAAGAGGAGAAGUGCUUUUAUACGUCACAACUAACGACACCUCUGUAAGUCACUGCUAUAGAGAUGCAUUAUAGAAUACUAAACUCAGGACCCUGUCUUUCAAAGAUAAUUCGUAAAAAUCCAAAUAACUUCACAGAUCUUCAUUGUAAAGGGUUUAAACACUGUUUCCCAUGCUUGUUCAAUGAACCAUAAACAAUUAAGAGCGUCUGCUAAAUGACUAAAAUGUAAAAUGUUAAGACACUGACAGCUUACAGACGGUAGGCAAUUAAGGUCACAGUUAUGAAAACUUAGGACACUAAAGAGGCCUUUCUACUGACUCUGAAAAAACACCAAAAGAAAGAUGCCCAGGGUCCCUGCUCAUCUGCGUGAAUGUGCCUUAGGCAUGCUGCAAGGAGGCAUGAGGACUGCAGAUGUGGCCAAUAAAUUGCAAUGUCUGUACUGUGAGACACCUAAGACAGCGCUACAGGGAGACAGGACGGACAGCUGAUCGUCCUCGCAGUGGCAGACCACGUGUAACAACACCUGCACAGGAUCGGUAUAUCUGAACAUCACACCUGCGGGACAGGUACAGGAUGGCAACAACAACUGCCCGAGUUACACCAGGAACGCACAAUCCCUCCAUCAGUGCUCAGACUGUCCGCAAUAGGCUGAGAGAGGCUGGACUGAGGGCUUGUAGGCCUGUUGUAAGGCAGGUCCUCACCAGACAUCACCGGCAACAACGUUGCCUAUAAACACAAACCCACCGUCGCUGGACCAGACAGGACUGUCAUAAAGUGCUCUUCACUGACAAGUCACGGUUUUGUCUCACCAGGGGUGAUGGUCGGAUUCGCAUUGAUCGUCAAAGGAAUGAGCGUUACAUCGAGGCCUGUACUCUGGAGCGGGAUCGAUGUGGAGGGUCCGUCAUGGUCUGGGGCGGUGUGUCACAGCAUCAUCGGACUGAGCUUGUUGUCAUUGCAGGCAAUCUCAACGCUGUGCGUUACAGGGAAGACAUCCUCCUCCCUCAUGUGGUACCCUUCCUGCAGGCUCAUCCUCACAUGACCCACCAGCAUGACAAUGCCACCAGCCAUACUGCUCGUUCUGUGCGUGAUUUCCUGCAAGACAGGAAUGUCAGUGUUCUGCCAUGGCCAGCGAAGAGCCCGGAUCUCAAUUCCAUUGAUCACGUCUGGGACCUGUUGGAUCCCCCCCAGAAAUGUCUUGGAACUUGCAGGUGCCUUGGUGGAAGAGUGGGGUAACAUCUCACAGCAAGAACUGGCAAAUCUGGUGCAGUCCAUGAGGAGGAGAUGCACUGCAGUACUUAAUGCAGCUGGUGGCCACACCAGAUACUGACUGUUACUUUAGAUUUUGACCCCCCCUUUGUUAAGGGACACAUUAUUACAUUUCUGUUAGUCACAUGUCUGUGGAACUUGUUCAGUUUAUGUCUCAGUUCUUGAAUCUUAUGUUCAUACAAAUAUUUACACAUGUUCAGUUUGCUGAAAAUAAACGCAGUUGACAGUGAGAGGAUGUUUCUUUUUUUGCUGAGUUUAAAUAGUGUUAAUAGUGCCUUCAGAAAGUAUUCAUACCCCUUGACUUAUUCCACAUUUUGUUGCGUUACUGAAUUCAACAUUUAUUAAAUUGUUUUUUUUACACACAAUUCCCCAUAAUGACAAAGUGGAAACAUGUUUUUUGAAAGUUUUGCACAUUUAUUGAAAAUGAAAUACAAAAAUACACUACAUGACUAAAAGUAUGUGGACACCUGGUUGUCGAACAUCUCAUUCCAAAAUCAUGGGCAUUAAUAUUUGACUUGCUUCCAUUCAGCCACAAGAGCAUUAGUGAGGUCGGGCACUGAUGUUGGGCGAUUAGGCCUGGCUCGCAGUCGGCGUUCCAAUUCAUCCCAAAGGUGUUCGAUGGGGUUGAGGUCAGGGCUCUGUGCAGGCCAGUCAAGUUCUUCCACACCGAUCUCGACAAAACAUUUCUGUAUGGACCUCGCUUUGUGCACGGGGGCAUUGUCAUGCUGAAACAGGAAAGGGCCUUCCCCAAACUGUUGACACAAAGUUGGAAGGAUUUUCCUUCACUGGAACUAAGGGGCCAAGCCAGAACCAUGAAAAACAGCCCCAGACCAUUAUUCCUCCUAAUCCAAACUUUACAGUUGGCACUAUGCAUUCGGGCAGGUAGCGUUCUCCUGGCAUCCGCCAAAACCAGAUUAGUCCGUCGGACUGCCAGAUGGUGAAACGUGAUUCAUCACUCCAGAGAACGCAUUCAUGUGCUGACGUUGCUUCCAGAGGCAGUUUGGAACUCGGUAGUGAGUGUUGCAACUGAAGACAGACGGUUUUUACACGCUACGCGCUUCAGCACUCGGCGGUCCCGUUCUGUGAUCUUGUGUGGCCUACCACUUCGUGGCUGAGCCGUUGUUGCUCCUAGACGUUUCCACUUCACAAUAAAAUAUCUUACAGUUGACCGGGGCAGCUCUAGUAGGGCAGAAAUUUGACGAACUGACUUGUUGGAAAUGUGGCAUCCUAUGACGGUGCCACGUUGAAAGUCACUGAGCUCUUCAGUAAGGCAAUUCUAUUGCCAAUGUUUGUCUAUGGAGAUUGCAUGGCUGUGUGCUCGAUUUUAUACACCUGUCAGCAACAGGUAUGGCUGAAAUAGCCAAAUCCACUAAUUUGAAGGGGUGUCCACAUACUUUUGUAUAUCUAGUGUAUCUAAUUUACAUAAGUAUUCAUACCCCUAAAUUAAUACAUGUUAGAAUCACCUUUGGCUGUGAUUUACAGCUGUCAGUCUUUCUGGGUAAGUCUCUAAGAGCUUUCUCUGCUCCCUCUGCUGUCUCCUGAAGUCCACGAUCAGCUCCUUUCUUUUGUUGACAUUGAGUGAGAGGUUAUUUUCCUGGCACCACACUCUGAGAGCCCUCACCUCCUCCCUGUAGGCGGUCUCGUCAUUGUUGGUAAUCAGGCCUACCACUGUUGUGUCUUCUGCAAACUUGAUGGAGGCGUGCAUGGUUGGAGGCGUGCAUGGCCAUGCAGUCAUGGGUGAACAGGGAGGACAGGAGGGGGCUGAGAACGCACCCUUGUGGGGCCCCUGUGUUGAGGAUCAGCGAAGUGGAUAUGUUGUUUCCUACCUUCACCACCUGGGGGCGGCCCAUCAGGAAGUCCAGGACCCAAUUGCACAGGGCGGGAUUCAGACCCAGGGCCCUGAGCUUAAUGAUGAGCUUGGAGGGUACUAUGGUGUUGAAGGCUGAGCUGCAGUCAAUGAACAGCAUUCUUACAUAUGCAGUGCGAUGUCGAUUGCAUCAUCCGUGGAUGUAUUGGGGCGGUAUGCAGUGGGUCUAGGGUGUUGGGUAAGGUGGAGGUGAUAUGAUCCUUAACUAGCCUCUCAAAGCACUUCAUGAUGACUGAAGUGAGUGCUACGGGCGAUAGUCAUUUAGUUCAGUUACCUUCGCUUUCUUGGGUACAGGAACAAUGGUGGACAUCUUGUAGCAAGUGGGGACAGAAGACUGGGAUAGGGAGAGAUUGAAUAUGUCCGUCAACACUCCAGCCAGCUUGUCUGCGCAUGCUCUGAGGACGCGGCUAGGGAUGCGUUCUGGGCUGGCAGCAUUGCGAGGGUUAGCACGCUUAAAUAUCUUACAUCGGCCUCGGGAAUGGGACGUGUCGGCGGCACUAUGUUAUCCUCAAAGCGGGCGAAGAAGGUGUUUAGGGCGCGAGACGUCGGUGUCCGCAACGUGGCUGGUUUUCCCUUUGUAAUCCGUGAUUGUCUGGAGUCCCAGCAACAUAUGUCUCGUGUGUGAGCAGUUGAAUUGACACUCCACUUUGUCUCUGUACUGAUAGUUUGCCUGUUUGAUUGUCUUACGGAGGGCGUAACUGGACUGUUUUUAUUCAACCAUAUUCCCAGUCACCUCGACGUGGUUAAUGCGGUGGUUCGCGCUUUCAGCUUUGCACGAAUGCUGCCAUCUAUCCACGGUUUUUGGUUUGGAAAGGUUUUAAUUGUCACAGUGGGAACAACAUCACCUAUACUGUUCCUGAUGAACUCAAGUCACCGUGUCAGUGUAUACGUCAAUGUUAUUCUCAGACGCAACCCGGAACAUGUCCCAGUCCGUGUGAUCAAAACAGUCUUGAAGCAUGGAUUCCGAUUGGUUCCUUCCUAGAGUUUCUGCGUCUAGAAAGGAAGGAGCAAAAUGGAGUCGUGAUCUGAUUUGUCAAAGGCAGGUCGGGGGAGGGACUUGUAGCCAUCCCGGAAGGGAGAGUAACAAUGGUUGAGAGUUUUUGAAGCACGAGUACUGGAGGCAAUGUGUUGAUAGAACUUUGGUAGCGUUUUCUUCAGAUUUGCUUUAUUAAAGUCCCCAGCUAUAAUAAAUGCGGCCUCAUGAUAUACAGUUUCCAGUUUGCAAAAGGUCUGUCGUGGUAUCGGCUUGAGGGGGGAAUAUAUAUACGGCUGUGACGAUGACCGAAGAGAAUUCUCUAGGGAGGUAAUGCGGUUGACAUUUGAUUGUGAGGUAUUCUAGUUCGGGUGAACAAAAGGACUUGAGUUCCUGUACGUUACCACAAUCACACCAUGAGUAGUUAAUCAUGAAACAUACACCACGCCUUUCUUCUUCCAGGAGAGUUCUUUAUUCCUGUCCAUACGAUGUAUUGAAAACCCAGAUGGCUGUAUGAACAGGGACAGUAUAUCCGGAGAGAGCCAUGAUUCCGUGAAACAGAGUAUGUUACAGUCCCUGAUGUCUCUCUGGAAGGAGACCCUCGCCAUGAGCUCAUCUACUUUAUUGCCCAGGGACUGAACAUUAGUAAGUAAUAUACUCUGAAGCAGUGGAUGGUGUGCACACCUCCUAAGUCGCACUAAAAGUCCACUCAGAGGUUAUUAGACCCAUCUAGUACCGGGUCAGACCCCCCUUUGUCUCCAGAACAGCCGGAAUCCUUCAGGGCAUGGAAAUGUUGCUCAAUUGUUAUCAAGGGAUCUAACGUGUGCCAGGAAAACAUUCCCCACACCAUUCCACCACCGCCUGUACCGUUGCCAGGAAAGCAUUCCCCUCACCAUCACACCACCGCCUGUACCGUUGCCAGGAAAGCAUUCCCCACACCAUUCCACCACCGCCUGUACCGUUGCCAGGCAAGCAUUCCCCUCACCAUCACACCACCGCCUGUACCGUUGCCAGGAAAGCAUUCCCCACACCAUUCCACCACCGCCUGUACCGUUGCCAGGAAAGCAUUCCCCACACCAUCACACCACCGCCUGUACCGUAACCAGGAAAGCAUUCCCCACACCAUUCCACCACCGCCUGUACCGUUGCCAGGAAAGCAUUCCCCACACCAUUCCACCACCGCCUGUACCGUUGCCAGGAAAGCAUUCCCCACACCAUUCCACCACCGCCUGUACCGUUGCCAGGAAAGCAUUCCCCACACCAUUCCACCACCGCCUGUACCGUUGACACCAGGCAGGAUGGGGCCAUGGACUCAUGCUGCUUACGCCAGAUCCUGACUCAACAGGAAACAGGAUUCGUCGGACAAGGCAAUGUUUUUCCACUCCUCAGUUGUCCAGUGUUGGUGAUGGCGUGCCCACUGGAGCCGCUUCUUCUUGUUUUUAGCUGAUAGGAGUGGAACCAGGUGUGCUCGUCUGCUGCAAUAGCCCAUCCGUGACAAGGACCGACGAGUUGUGCGUAUCGAGAUGCCGUUCUGCACACCACUGUUGUACUGCGAAGUUGUCCGCCUGUUUGUGGUCCGCCUGUUAGCUUGCACCAUUUUUGCCAUUCUCUUUCGACCUCACUUAUUUACAUUUACAUUUUAGUCAUUUAGCAGAUGCUCUUAUCCAGAGCGACUUACAGACUUGAUGUUUUUUUGUUUGUCGCACCAUUCUCAGUAAACCCUAGACCCUGUCCUGGAAAGCUCCGGAGGCCGUCUCUGGCUGACUGGGACUGGUGCUCAAAGUCGCUUAGGUCACUUGUUUUGCCCAUUCUAACGCUCAAUCGAACAGUAACUGAAUGCCUUAAUGCCUGUCUGCCUGCUUUAUAUUGCAAGCCAUGGCCAUGUGACUCACUGUCUGUAGGAGCGAUCCAGUUUAAACUGGCCACUGAGUGCAUAUUCGUUUAGAAUAGUGUGGCUACAGCAGUACACCACCGUGUAUCUAACCAGGCUGUGUCUCUUCGUUGUAGGUUCUGCUGCCGCCCUAUGAAGAGGUUGUUGCCAUCCGUCCCAAGGAGCCCCCCCCUCAGUAUGUGGAAGCAUGAGGAGAGGGAGAGAGAUUCUGCCCUGGACCUCAUCCCCUCCCUCCCUCCCCUCCCCUCCUUCCCUCCCCUCCUCUUCCCUCAUCCUCCUCUCUCCCUCUCCUUCCCUCAUCCUCCUCUCUCCCUCUCCUCUCUCCCUCUCCUCUCUCCCCUCUCCCCUCUCCCUCUCCCUCUCCUCUCUCCCCUCUCCCUCUCUUCGUAAACAAAAGACUGGUCCUCAUUGAAUGUAAUAUCGGGAGUAUUUUUAUAUAACUUUUUAUAUAAUUCUAAUUGACUGAAUAAUCCAGUGAGAUGAUUAAGGGACAUCAUUGUUGUGAUACAACACAUACAGUUGAAGUCAGAAGUUUACAUACACCUUAGCCAAAUACAUUUAAACUCAGUUUUUCACAAUUCCUGACAUUUAAUCCUAGUAAAUAUUCCCUGUCUAAGGUCAGUUAGGAUCACCACUUCAUUUUAAGAAUGUGAAAUGUCAGAAUAAUAGUAGAGAGAAUUAUUUAUUGCCUUUAAAUUGUUUAACUUGGGUCAAACGUUUCGGGUAGCCUUCCACAAGCUUCCCACAAUAAGUUGGGUGAAUUUUGGCCCAUUCCUCCUGACAGAGCUGGUGUAACUGAGUCAGGUUUGUAGGCCUCCUUGCUCGCACACGCUUUUUCAGUUCUGCCCACAAAUGGGCUUGCAAGCUACCCCCUUUUUCCUCCAAACAUAACGAUGGUCAUUAUGGCCAAACAGUUCUAUUUUUGUUUCAUCAGACAAAGGCCAUCUCUCCAAAAAGUACGAUCUUUGUCCCCAUGUGCAGCUGCAAACCAUAGUCUGGCUUUUUUAUGGCGGUUUUGGAGCAGUGGCUUCUUCCUUGCUGAGCAGCCUUUCAGGUUAUGUCGAUAUAGGACACGUUUUACUGUGGAUAUAGAUACUUUUGUACCGGUUUCCUCCAGCAUCUUCACAAGGUCCUUUGCUGUUGUUCUGGGAUUGAUUUACACUUUUCGCACCAAAGUACGUUCAUCUCUAGGAGACAGAACGCGUCUCCUUCCUGAGCGGUAUGACGGCUGCGCGGUCCCAUGGUGUUUAUACUUGCAUACUAUUGUUUGUACAGAUGAACGUGGAACCUUCAGGCAUUUGGAAAUUGCUCCCAAGGAUGAACCAGACUUGUGGAGGUCAAUUUUUUUUUUUCUUCUGAGGUCUUGGCUGAUUUCUUUUGAUUUUCCCAUGAUGUCAAGCAAAGAGGCCUUGAAAUACAUCCACAGGUACACCUCCGAUUGACUCAAAUUAUGUCAAUUAGCCUAUCAGAAGCUUUUAAAGCCAUUAAAUCAUUUUCUGGAAUUUUCCAAGCUGUUUAAAGACACAGUCAACUUAGUGUAUGUAAACUUCUGACCCACUGGAAUUGUAUUGUGUUAUGUUGCAGUUUCAAACUGAAAUGUAAAGGUCAAAGGUCAUUUCCGAUUGAGCCGAUAUAUGCAGCCGUGAAGGCAGUCUCCGCCAACGCGGAAACAUUGCCUUUAAAUUUCAAUCACGCUGUAACGCUGAACUUCCGUGAUACGGAUUGAAUAGAACCCUGAGUUGUACGUUUUAAAUUAUGUUUUUUUUACAUUAUGGUAUGAUCUCAUCUUUGUAGCUGAGCUAACUGAGCUAGCUGGACUGAGGACAUUUCUUAGUAGGGAUAUGGUUAUCUAACAGGGUUGGGCUUAAUUGCAGGCAGUCAAUUCAGGAAGUAAACUGAAAUUCCAUUUCAAUAAUUGAAAAAAGUCAAUCUAUUUUCAUUUAUUUCUCAAUAAACUUACAAGUAAAGUCUAUGAUAUGCUGCUAUAUACUAAUAACACUGUGAUAUGAUGUUAUUUGUUUUUAAAAUGUUAAAAUGCUACUUUUCCUGUGAUAGUCACAAUGAAGGAGAAGUUACCCUUGAUAGAGUAGCACAUAAAAGCUAUACAAUAAUAUAAUUGGUUAAAGCAAGAACAUACGUCCGUCUUUACCUCGGGGUUCAGGCAAUAACUUCCGUAAUAUAAUGGCAAGUCAGAUUCAUGUUGGUCAUGUAGCUCUUCUCCAGAGAGAUUUAGUCAGAGCCUUCGGCUCGCAGUAGAUUCCUCAUUUUUCCCAAUAAAAAAGCUAUUUAAUAAUAAUAAUAUUUACAAUACUUCUGUAGUUUAGAGACGUAGAAUUACUGCUAGAAUGACAUUCUGCCCCAUACAUCAUUGAUGUGUGAAUUAUGACCACUGCUUUUGCAAUCCAACAACGGCUAAUGAAAAAUGUGGACAAAUUGCACUUUAACAAAUAAUCCAUGUCAGAUAUUUGAAGUCAGUGUUUUGGGGUUUUAUUUUCUAGAAUAUAGGCUACACCAUGUCUGUGAUUACCUGUGUGUUAAAGUCUCCCUGGUUUUUAAUGUGAUAUUAAAACAAAGGAACUGGUAAGAGAAACGUUUUAGAUUAAUAUUGUAUGACUAUGGGAUAAUGUGACUGAGGUCUGCAUUAGAAGUCUUCCCUUGGCACCCUAUUCCCUAUAUAGUGCACUACUUUAGACCAGAUAAUGGCAUCCUAUUCCCUAUAUAGUGCACUACUUUAGACCAGAGAAUGGCACCCUAUUCCCUAUAUAGUGCACUACUUUAGACCAGAGAAUGGCACCCUAUUCCCUAUGUAGUGCACUACUUUAGACCCUAGUUCACUAUAUAGGGAGCCAUUUGGGACUGGCGCUUACUGUCUCCACUCUGAUCAAGGAGCCACCGUGUUUCCUUCUGUUUAUUCCUCUGAGGGACAUUAAGAAGCUGUCCUGUCUGUUUAUUCCUCUGAGGGACAUUAAGACGCUGUCCUGUCUGUUUAUUCCUCUGAGGGACAUUAAGACAGAACUAGAUCUGUCUUAUCAGCCAGAGAUAGAGGACUUGCCUGCUUAGGUAUGAAGGUUAAAUAAAAUGAAGUAAAAUAGAUGAUCCUCAACAUCGCUACUGCUGAGAAUUAUUGGAAAUAAUGAUUAGAUAGGCUGGAGCUCCACCCAACCCGUUAUAGUGAUUAGAUAAGGCUGGAGCUCCACCCAACCCGUUAUAGUGAUUAGAUAGGCUGGAGCUCCACCCAACCCGUUAUAGUGAUUAGAUAGGCUGGAGCUCCACCCAACCCGUUAUAGUGAUUAGAUAGGCUGGAGCUCCACCCAACCCGUUAUAGUGAUUAGAUAGGCUGGAGCUCCACCCAACCCGUUAUAGUGAUUAGAUAGGCUGGAGCUCCACCCAACCCGUUAUAGUGGAGCAGCAUCCAGCGGAGAGGGAGAGAGGGCGAUCAGCGGAGAGGGAGAGAGAGCGAUCAGCGGAGAGGGAGAGAGGGGGAUCAGCGGAGAGGGAGAGAGAGCGAUCACCGGAGAGGGAGAGAGAGCGAUCAGCGGAGAGGGAGAGAGAGGAUCAGAAGAGAGGAGAGAGAGAGGGAUCAGCAGAGAGGGAGAGAGGGAUCAGCAGGAGAGGGAGAGGAGAGAGCGAUCAGAGAGACGGGAGAGAGGGAUCAGGAGAGGAGAGAGGAUCAGGAGAGGGAGAGAGGGAUCAGAGAGGAGAGGGGAUCAGGAGAGGAGAGAGCGAAGAGCGAUCAGCGAGAGAGGGAGAGAGAGGGAUCAGCGAGAGGGAGAGAGGGACGAUCAGCGGAGAGGGAGAGAGGGAUCAGCGGAGAGGAGGAGAGGACGAGAGCGAUCAGGGAGAGGGAGAGAGAGAGCGAUCAGAGGAGAGGGAGAGAGAGGGACAGCGGAGAGGAGAGGGAUCAGCGGAGAGGGAAGGGACGAGGAGAGAUGCAAGCGGAGGAGGGAGAGAAGAGGCGAUCAGCGGAGAGGGAGAGAGGACGGGAGAGAGAUCAGACGGAGGGAGAGGGCGAUCAGCGGAGAGGGAGAGAGGAUGAGAGGAGGAGGAUCAGCGGAGAGGGAGAGAAGGAGAGGGAGGAGCCGAGGGAGGAGAGAUCAGAGAGAGGAAGGGAGAGAGAGAGGAGAGGAGAUCAGAGGGAGAGAGAGCAGGGAGAGGAGAGGAUCAGGAGGAGACGAUAGCGGAGAGGAGGGCGAUCAGCAGGAAGAGGGAGAGGAGAAGGGAUCAGCGGAGAGGGAGAGAGAGCGACCGAGAGCGAUCAGCAGGGAGAGGGUCAGAGAGAGGAUCACGGAGAGAGAGAGAGAGGUCAGCGGAGGAGAGAGAGCGACGAGAGCGGGAGAGGAGGAGAGGUCAGGAGAGAGGGAAGAGAGCGACGAAGGGAGAGGGAUCAGAGAGGAGAGAGCGAUCAGCGGAGGAGAGGGGAGAGGAGAGAGCGAUCAGGAGAGAGAGAGGGAAGGAGGGGAGAGAGGGAUCAGCGGAGAGAGGGGAGGAGAGAGAGGGAUCAGCGAGAGGGAGAGAGGCGAUCAGCAGGAGAGGGAGAGAGGGAUCAGCGAGAGGGAGAGAGGAUCAGAGAGGGAGAGGGAGAGAGACGCGAGUAGAGGAUCAGGAGGGAGAGGAGAGAGGAUCAGAGGAAGCAGGGAAGGAGGAGCAGCAGGAGGGGAGGAGCGAUCAGAGGAGAGGGAGAGGAAGCGAGAUCAGAGGAGAGGGAAGGAGAGCGAGCGAGAGGAUCAGCGAGGGAAGAGCGAUCAGCGGAGAGGGAGAGAGGACGCGGAUGGAGAGACGAUCAGCGGAGAGGAGAGAGCGAUCAGCGGAGAGGGAGAGAGCGAUGCGAGGGUCAGCGGAGAGGAGAGGAGCGAUCAGCGAGAGGGAGAGGAGCGAUCAGCGGAGAGGGAGAGAGAGCGAGCGAGACAGCGGAGAGAGAGAGAGGGGAUCAGCGGAGAGGGAGAGAGAGGGAUCAGCGGAGAGGGAGAGAGAGCGACCGAGAGCGAUCAGCGGAGAGGGAGAGAGAGCGAUCAGCGGAGAGGGAGAGAGAGCGAUCAGCGGAGAGGGAGAGAGGGCGAUCAGCGGAGAGGGAGAGAGAGCGAUCAGCGGAGAGGGAGAGAGAGCGAUCAGCGGAGAGGGAGAGAGAGCGAUCAGAGGAGAGGGAGAGAGAGCGAUCAGCGGAGAGGGAGAGAGAGCGAUCAGCGGAGAGGGAGAGAGAGCGAUCAGCGGAGAGGGAGAGAGCGAUCAGCGGAGGGGGAUUUAUUCCCAUGGCUCUGUAGGGAAGAUGAGGCUGGCUGCUUUAGACCCACCUGGGUACAAACACUAUUUAAAACUUUUCAAAUACUUUCAGCGUUUGCUCUAGCCUGCCUUGAGUGCCAGAUGGGUGGGGUUUUGCACUUUUGGUACGAUUCUAUUGGUCCAUGAAGCCAGGCAAACUCAAUCAAGCACUUAAAAAGUUGAAAUUAUUUUUCAAUUAUUGGUGAACACAGGUCUGGCUGGCGUUACCUUGGUCUGAUAGGAGAAGACAGUCACCUACUUUCUACCACGGCUGGGAGGACAACUUGGUGA